CUGAGCUAUGGGCAGUGAGUUGCUGUUUCCUAGCACAUCCAGCAUGGAGCCAGGCUCUGUGUGACUGCUUCUAGACACCACAUUCUCCAAGUGCUUGAAGACCUUAGGAUCAGAUCCAGAAAUGCCAUUGGUGUGUUUGAAAGACUUUGAAGCACAUGCACGCGAGCGGCUGUCUAAGUCAUCUUGGGAUUUUUUCGAAGGAGUUGCUGACGAAGGCAUCACUAAGGAUGACAACAUUGCAGCAUUUAAAAAAAUCCGCCUCCGUCCCAGGUUCCUGAGAGAUGUGUCAGAGGUGGACACCAGGACCACAGUCCAGGGGGAGGAGAUCAGUGCACCCAUUUGCAUCUCGCCCACAGCCUUCCAUGGCAUCGCCUGGCCUGACGGAGAAAUGAGCACAGCCAGAGCUGCCCAAGCAGUCGGCAUCUGUUAUGUCACCAGUACAUUUUCCAGCUGUACCCUUGAAGACAUUGUAGCUUCUGCUCCCAAAGGCCUCCGAUGGUUCCAGCUUUAUGUGCAGUCAGACUGGCAGCUAAACAAACAGCUUAUCCAAAGGGUAGAAUCCCUGGGUUUCAAAGCUUUGGUAAUCACUGUGGAUGCACCCAUAAUUGGCAAAAGGCGAGAGGACAUUAGAAAUCAGUUCAAUUUGAAGAAGAGAUUACUGCUACCGGAUCUUCGAUCACCUACAGAGAGAAAUUCCACACCUUGUAUCCAGUCCUCUUCCAUAAAUGCAUCUCUCUGCUGGAAUAAUCUCUCCUGGUUUCAGAGCAUAACUCAACUCCCCAUCAUCCUCAAAGGGAUUUUGACAAAAGAGGAUGCGGAAUUAGCAGUGAAGCACAAUGUCCAUGGCAUCAUUGUUUCUAAUCAUGGUGGGAGGCAGCUUGAUGAGGUUCCUGCUUCAAUUGAUGCCUUGUCAGAAGUGGUGGCUGCUGUAAAAGGGAAAAUUGAAGUGUAUCUGGAUGGCGGGGUUCGAACUGGUACUGAUGUGUUGAAAGCUCUGGCCCUUGGAGCUAAGUGCAUUUUUCUUGGCAGACCAAUCCUGUGGGGUCUUGCCUACAAGGGUGAAGAUGGUGUUGAGGAAGUUUUGAACAUUUUAAAAAAUGAGUUCCAUGCUUCCAUGUCACUUACAGGCUGCCGGUCAGUUGCUGAGAUCAAUCGUGACCUGAUCCAGUUCUCCAAGUUGUAAGGAACUACUGAGACUGCCUGCAGGAAGGCAAACUCACAACGUGCUGUUCAGUGAUGUCCCGCCUGGGUUCCAUUCUAACCAGUGACUUAUGCCCUGCCCCCUCAAACUCUUCAGCCUUGUGCUUUCAAGUGCUCCAAACUCCCAAUCCUCCUCAAAUGUUCCCUUCUUUGCCUCACUGCCUUUUAUGUGUUGUUCUCUUGGCUAAAAUUCUCACCUGAAAUAAAAUAUCUUUGAUAAGCAGGUCAACAAUGAUUGGAUACAGCUAAUGUAU